UGGUCUUUUUUUUUUUUUAGCUCAUCCCGCUUAGAUCGGAUCUUUCUUCGUUUUCCUACCAACAAACCACCAAAAACAAAAGGAACAAAUAAAAAAUAGAGAAAAGAGAAUGACAAUUGUCCAGGCAGAAUAACAAGAAAAGUCAGGGAUUGUCUUCAUUAUUGACUCAUUUUCAUGGCCUGAAGCAAUACUGGCUGUUUUUGAAGGUGAUUUUUCUUUAAAGGGUUGGUUUUAAUGGGCAAUGUAACAUCAAACGUGGCUGCAAAGUUUGCAUUUUUCCCUCCAGACCCUCCAACAUAUGAUGUUUACAAAGAUGAAGAUGGCAAGUAUAUUUGCAGCGGAUUAACAGCUGAUAAGAAUGUAGAUGUUCACGUAUUGGAAACAAAAGUUGGUAAUAAAAUUGUGGCUACCUUCUGGAAACAUCCUUUUGGGAGGUUUACGCUUUUGUAUUCCCAUGGUAAUGCUGCUGAUUUGGGCCAAAUGCAAGAACUUUUCAUUGAGCUCAGAGCUCACCUUCGUGUUAAUAUCAUGGGCUAUGAUUAUUCAGGAUAUGGAGCUUCCUCUGGUAAGCCAUCUGAGUUCAACACAUACUAUGACAUAGAGGCUGUAUUCGAUUGUUUGAAGAAUGAAUAUGGAAUAAAGCAGGAGGAUAUCAUCUUAUAUGGCCAAUCUGUUGGGAGUGGUCCAACACUACAUUUGGCUUCUCGUCAGCAUAGGUUGCGAGCGGUUGUUCUGCAUAGUGCUAUCCUUUCAGGAAUUCGAGUAUUGUACAACGUAAAGAUGACAUUUUGGUUUGACAUAUUCAAAAAUAUAGACAAGAUAAGGAAUGUCAGCUGCCCAGUCUUAGUUAUACAUGGCACAAGCGAUGACAUUGUUGACUGGUCCCAUGGCAAGAGAUUGUGGGAACUAUCCAGAGAAAAAUAUGAUCCAUUAUGGGUCCAAGGAGGAGGUCAUUGUAACCUUGAGACUUUCCCUGAAUACAUAAAGCACCUGCGCAAGUUCAUGAAAGCGAUGGAAAAACACUCAUUUUCAAAACGAAGCAAGGCUAACCUGUCUCCAACUUCAAGUAUAACUGAAGGAAAAUAUAAAUGCUUGAGACUUGCUAGAAAAUAAAUGAAGCACUUUCAACAUGUGAAAAGUACUGCUCAGACAUAGCUCUUUGUUGCCUCAUGAGCCACCAUGGGAAAAAAGGUGGGAUUACUUGCUUCUGUUUAGUCGAGUAGCAGUUUAUUCAGCAAUAUUAAGCAGUGUGUUGUGAUCCGUGUGGGGCAGCUGAGCGUCCAGACUGUUGCAUCCAGAUCUUGCUCGCUUAAAAGAUUGUUAUGGAGGAGAGAGCUGCAGGUGACCUUUAUUUGAUGUGGCAAUGUUUCCAAUUGACAAAGUUUGAGUUGUUCUGAUCUCAUGUACACGAGGAAUGUCUAGGCUAGACAAAGACUGCUCUUGCUAAUAGAAAAGGGAAUGCAAAUAUCGCUCAUUUUUUUGUCUCAAAAGUAUCUGUUUAGUUUGUUGAUUCUGUAUUUUUCUUCUUUUCUUGAUGUGCUAGAUUCAGAGUACCAUAUCCCUUCC